AUGAAAAUAAAGCUUAAAUAUUUUAAUGCUUGGGGAGAAAUGUAGGAUUGCUUCAUUGAGAUCUCCUCAAAGGAAACUUUGCAAGUCCUGCGACUUUAAAUCGAAAGAGUGACUGAAAUAGAUGUAGAUGAUCAACAACUCUUUAUAGUUCACAAUAGAGAAAUGAAACAAAUAUACAAAUACGAGUAUUUAAGUUAAAUAAAACUACUUAAUGAGGGUGUUUUGUUUGUUAAAAAUAGCAAAGACUAAUUUAGUGUUAGGGCAUCUCAAAUUUAUCAAAAUGAUUCCUUCGAAUCAACCAAUUAAAAUACUGCCUCAACUCUAAAAAAGUCAAUUCACAAUUCCUUCUCUUAAAGAGACAAAAAUAUCAUUUACAACAGUUUUCUUGCACUCUAAAUCGAAUAAUUUUAUGAACACAUAUAGAAAAAUAACUUGGAAGAAGCCAAAAUUUUGCUUUAAUCGCACAUCGAAUAAAAAGAAUUUUUCUUGAAUGAUACUACUUUUUUUGGAUGGUCAGCUUUGCAUGUUUCAAUUUUAGCAGGAUCUGAUAAGCUAUUUUUGUGGUUAUUAACUGAAGGAGCUAAUAUAAAUCUGCAAACUAAUGAUGGUUGGGAUUGUCUUUCUUUAUCAGUUUGUCUAAGACAAAAAACUAUUUUUUGCUUGUUACUUGCCUAACCUAAAUUAAAUGUGAAUCAAUUAAGUAAACACGGGACAGCGUUGCAUUUGGCAGCCUAAAAUGAUGACACUGAAUUUGUGUAAUUAUUACUCAAUCAUCCAAAAAUAGAUAUGAAGUAUGCAUAAUUUUCAUUAAUUAAUAGCAUUUUAGAUAAAAAUAAUUGUAGGGCUAUUGAUAUUGCUCGCAAUAAAGCUAAAUAACUAUUAAAAUAUGAAAACGAAUUUUAGAUUGUUUAAAGUCAUAGAACUUCAUUCAUUUCUUCAAUGAUUGGAAUUAGUUUGGACAAUCUCAUGAAAGAUACUUUCAUCAUAAAUAAACCAUAACGACCACCAAUACUCAAGGGAAAGGUUUUUAAAGUUAAUUACUUUAAAUUAAGAAUGUAUGAACGAUAUAUGAUUGUUGAUCCAGACACUGAUUCUAUUGCUAAAUUUAAAAACAUUUAAGACAUUCCACACAAUCCUAAUUAAAUCAUACCCUUAGAAAAUGUUUAUGAUAUCAAAGUUUCUAAAGAUGAGUGGUUUUAGGAAGAUGAUUAUUUUUAUUUGGAAAUCAAAUACUUUUCAAAGCAUAUCUUCAUUGCAUUGAAGAGUAAAGAUGCUGCUAGAAGAUGGUAUGAAGGUUUAAAAAAUUGUGUUGGCUAUUCUCGAUACAUUAAGUAGAACAUUAAAUCUCCAGAGGAAUAAAGGUUAGCAUAAAGAGCCUUUGGUUUAAUGAUGGCUAAACCGAAUUCGAUCAUUAAUAUUGAAGAUUGCAAAGUGGAAGAUCACGUGCAGUCUAAAUAAAAAUAAGCAAUUCAAAAAAAAAAAUAGAAUUCUGAUUUGAAUAGUGUUACUGAGGAAGCCUCAGAAAUUGAUAUCAUCAUAGAAAAGAGCAAUUCCUACAGUAUUUAAGAUAAAAUUAACCUUUCGAGCUUUUAAGUUGUAGAAAUGAUAGGUAAAGGAAGCUUUGGAAAUGUAUACAAGGCUAAGUAUAAGCAUAUAAAUUGUGCUAUCAAAUAACAAGAAAAAGAUAAACUAAUUCGAAAUGGCUAUCUUAAGUACAUAAUCUCGGAAUUACAGAUUCUAAGAACAAUAAGACAUCCGUUUAUUGUGAAAUUGUAUCUAUCUUUCCAAACUCAAUUCUAUUUAUAUAUAGUGACAGAAUUAUGUCCUGCAGGAGAUCUAUCAAAGUAUAUGACUAGAGGGUAAAUUUUGAAUGAAUAUACUGCCAAAUUCAUUAUAGCCUAAAUUAUUCUAGCCAUCGAAUAUCUACAUUCAUAAUAAAUUAUAUAUAGAGAUUUAAAACCUGAAAACAUCUUGAUUGAUUAAGAGGGGUAUAUUAAACUAACUGAUUUUGGAUUAUGUAAAUAAUUCGAUGGAAAUGACUUCACAGCCUCUAGUUUUUGUGGAUCACCUGCUUACCUACCUCCAGAAUUGGUCACAGGAGGAGUCUCCUUAAAAGCCACUGACAUCUAUUAAAUUGGAACUAUUCUGUAUGAAAUGUUAACAGGAUACCCACCAUUUUAUACUCAAGAUUUAAAGAGUCUAAUGGAAAAGAUUAAAUAUGAUUCAUUAUUUAUACCUAAAAAUAUAAGUUUAGAAGCAUAGGAUCUAUUAAAACGGAUGCUCAAAAAAGACCCUGAAGAACGAUUGGGAUACAAUGAUGUCUCCGUAUUGAAGAAGCAUAUGUUCUUCGCUGAAAUAGACUGGGAUCGACUAUAUACAAAGCAGUAUAAGCCUCCUCGUCUAGUUUUUUAUGCUCAACACAAUAUUUUCAGGGAUGGAUAAUAAAUCAAUAAAGAAGAUAAUGUAAAUUAAUAAUAUACGUCUUAGAAAAUCUUAGAUCUAGAUUAUUAAGAGGGCGAUGAAAAACUCAACUUCAUAGAAAAUUGGGACUCAUCAUAUGUAUGA